CCUCCAGUGCCGGACCGCGGUAAGAACGGGAUUCAAAUACCAUCGACGUUCGCAUUUGAGGCAGAAAGUUGGAGUCGUUGCAUCAAGCAGCCUAUAGUGUUGACACGAGUUUUUCGGCAAAAAGAGCAAAAAUUUGUCGACAUGCUCAACGCAAUGCGUUUUGGAAAGUUGGACAAAGCCUGUAUUCAAGCUUUCCAAAGUCUUUCGCGCCCAGUCGUGUAUGAGGAUGGCAUCGGGCCAACGCAGCUCUACCCUACUCGCGCGGAGGUUGAUGUAGCCAAUCAAAGAAAGCUUUUUUCACUGCCUGGGGAUGGAAUUAGAUACCCGGCAACUGACACACCUGGACGCGAUUCGAAUGACAAUUUGGUCUCACUCGAACACAUGGGGCGCUUGCUGGAAAGGCUUGUGGCACAACCAAUCGUUCAUCUAAAGGUCGGUGCGCAAGUCAUGUUGAUCAAGAACAUGGUGCAGGGGCAGCUGGUGAACGGGUCUGUGGGGCAAGUGAUCAGAUUUAGUACUUCUGAAGAGGCUAUGCGGACCGCUACUCCAAUUGCCACGGAAGAAGGUCUCAAAGGUGGUCUCUCCACGAAGUCCGAACUCCCUGCCAACUACGACAACUCGCAAUGGCCUGUUGUCCGAUUCACGUGUGGCAAAGAAAUGCUAUGUAUACCCACUGACUUCACAGUCGAUAAUGCGGAUGGUGGUAUAGAGGCAAGAAGACGCCAGGUGAGCCGUUUGACUUUGGCUAAGAAUCGGCAAAUGAACAAGACCAGGUUCCCUUAAUAUUAGCUUGGGCACUGAGUGUCCAUAAGUCUCAGGGGCAAACUCUUGAAAGGGUGAAGGUGGAUCUUGGGCGAACUUUUGAGAAAGGUCAAGGUAAAAUCCAACCUUAUGACUCAUCGCUGGAUGUUCACUGCCGCCUUCUCAGCAUAUGUUGCCCUUUCUCGUGCUACUAGCAUGAGCACCUUGGAAGUAUUAAAUUUUCAUCCAAACAAGUAAGCCUUUCGUUCAAGACCUGCAUUGCCAU